GAGCAUUGGCUACAUUAUUUCUCCUUCACCACGUCUCGCUUGGAAGUUUGAGAUUUGAGCUUACAGCUCUCUUGACAUAAACUGGUGGACGGACGACGAGAAGAAGAUAUCCAAGAACAAGCCACUCCAGAGUGGUUCCUGGAGUUUGCACGCAAAGAUGGAGGGUUCUCUAGAGCGCAGUCGUGAUGAUCUAACUAUCGUAGCUCAGGUCAACGUGAAUCUCAUGAAAAUCAAUCUGGCUGGACUGACGAAUCCAGCUCAGAUUUCCAUUCAGCUCGUUUCUCUGACACCAAAUGCCGAUAGCCCAGGUUCUACGGAGCCAAGUAAAAGUGCCGAGGUGACGCUUGUCAACCCUCCACCAGCAAAUGGAACGGCGAGUCAAGCUGCCGAAUUUGACAAUCAGUUUCCAGUGGUGGUGCCAAGCUUCUCGCUAGAGUUUACUCAGCUCGCAGACGAUUUCCAAGUCGGAGCAAUUAUUGUGAGAAACAAUAACAAGGAACAUUUCUACCUAGAUUCGGUGAAGCUGAAAAGGACGAAGAACAUCCAUGACGAUUCAGAUUCAGACGACUGGGACUGGGUGUUCGAGUGUGACAGUCAGGUUCACCCCACAGUCGACCCCGAGAACGACUUCCGGGUGUUCUUUCAUCAUAGGGCGGUUUUUUCCCACGAAACCCUCAAGAAACUGAUAGACCACGAGCUCCAUCGACUGCGUGGAGACUUGCGUCGAGAAGUAAAACCCCUAGAAGACGACGCGACACAGUUUGUAGACGACUUAAUUUACGAGUUCGAUGUUUAUAAUGACUUGGGAUUCGAUUUCAUUUUGGGUGGCUCUCCAUUUCCAUACCCUCGUCGCCUCAAGGAGGGUACAAUUGUCGAGCCGAGUGUCAGCACCACUGGACAUGGAAACACUGUGUUGCAGACAUUCAUCCACACACUUCUUGACAAAGUCACAGAGUUGUAUUUUGAUGGAACGCAAGUGGAAGAUCCCAAGACGACUUUCGGCAGCAUCCUCGAGAUUGCUGGAAUGGAUAAUCGGUUUGAAACUACGAUCAAGUGCCUCGAAGCCCACAAAGUGCUGGACGUUUUCCUCGACGUAUUCCAUCAGUCGAUAUUCAGCAAGAAUCCUUUUAUCGUCUUUCUGGAGAAAUUCAUCAACGUAUUCAAGGGAUUACUGCAAGCCAUUGAUCUUCCGAAGCCGAGAUCUGUGCUAACUUUGACGCCCGGAGUCGGAGGCACUUGGUAUGACGUUCUGAUGAACGACGACGAGUUCGGGCGGCAAGCUCUGGCGGGCAUGAACCCGGCCGUCAUUACGCGUUUGAAGACCUUUCCUCCGAGUGAUACCGGAAAGAAGAUUACUGACCUUCAGCAUGCUGUUGAGCAGUAUCUGAAGUCAAAGCAAUUCACAUUGGAGCAGGCGAUCGAAGAAAACAAGCUUUAUAUAAUCGAUUACCACGACGCCUUCAAGGCCCACGUGGGAGAGAUUAACCAAAUCUCGGGUAGAAAGACGUACGCAGGACGUGCUGUCUUUUUCUACAAGAAGCCUCCAGGCAAAUUGAUCCCCAUCGCCAUCGAGCUAUCUCUACCUAAAGAUAGUGGAGACCAGCAUUGCACAUUACACCGUGUUUUCACCCCUCCUGUGGUUGCCCCACAAGAGGUGCAGCCGAUCUCUAAAGAUAAGGGAGGUUCGUCAGAUCCGGCCGAUGAGCCGCUGCUCGACUUUUCGUGGGAGCUCGCCAAGAUCCACUUCAUUUCUCUGGACUUUUCAUUCCAUGAGCUCGUCAGUCAUUGGCUGUACAGUCACGCAGUGAUGGAGCCAAUCAUCAUCGCCACUAAAAGGACCCUGCUCUCCAGCGUGCAUCCCAUCGGGAAACUGUUGGAACCCACCUUCAGGAACACGUUUGAUAUCAACAGAAACGCUCGUCAGAUCCUGAUCAACAAGAUCGGCAUAAUCCCCAACGACUUCACCGCUGGAGAAUACAGCAUGAAAAUCAGCUCUGGUGCUUACAAGACAUGGCGUUUCGACAUGCAAGCACUUCCCAAAAAUCUAGUCGAAAGAGGAAUGGCAACAUUACCAAAUAAGAAGAAACCAAACGACGUUGUGCUGGUAAUCGAGGACUACCCGUUCGCGCAGGAUGCUUUGAAAAUGUGGAAAGUGAUUAACAAAUGGGUCAGGGAUUACGUGCAUAUAUUUUACAAAUCGUCGGCCGAUGUGCUCAACGACCCACAGAAUGACCAAGCGCUGCAGAAUUGGUGGACCGAGCUGAGAACGAAGGGUCAUCCCGACAUCAAGGAGGGGUGGCCGGAGCUGGACUGCGUCGAAAGCCUCAUAGAAAUUCUCACCACGAUCUUUUGGAUAGCAGGCCCGCAUCACGCUGCAGUGAACUUCGGCCAGUACGAUUACGCCGGCUACGUGAUACAGAGAUCAUCCAUGACCCGUAAACUCAUCCCCUCCGAGAAGAUGACCGCAAAGGCCGGGAGAAUGCAAGUACUGGACACCAUAGCCACUCCCAGUCAGACCUUGCAGGUGAUGACCAUCCUGAAGGCCUUGUCCACCCACUCUGAAGAGGAGCAGUACUUAGGCGAAGACGAGUGGACAUUUAAUGCCCAUGGAAAGAACAAAGGUCUGAUUCAAGAAAAUGGAGAAGAUGCUAAAGAUUUGGAACAUGGCGCUAAAGAUGGCGGUGAAGAUUGGGAACAUCGGCCUGAAGAUGGCGGUGAAAAUUGGGAACAUCGGCCUGAAGAUGGCGGUGAACAUUGGGAACAUCGGGAACAUCGGCCUGAAGAUGGCGGUGAACAUCGGGAACAUCGCGCUAAAGAUGGCGGUGAACAUCGGGAACAUCGCGCUAAAGAUGGCGGUGAACAUGGGGAACAUCGGCCUGAAGAUGGCGGUGAACAUCGGGAACAUCGCGCUAAAGAUGGCGGUGAACAUCGGGAACAUCGCGCUAAAGAUGGCGGUGAACAUCGGGAACAUCGCGCUAAAGAUGGCGGUGAACAUCGGGAACAUCGCGCUAAAGAUGGCGGUGAACAUCGGGAACAUCGCGCUAAAGAUGGCGGUGAACAUUGGGAACAUCGGCCUGAAGAUGGCGGUGAACAUUGGGAACAUCGGGAACAUCGCGCUAAAGAUGGCGGUGAACAUCGGGAACAUCGCGCUAAAGAUGGCGGUGAACAUCGGGAACAUCGCGCUAAAGAUGGCGGUGAACAUCGGGAACAUCGCGCUAAAGAUGGCGGUGAACAUCGGGAACAUCGCGCUAAAGAUGGCGGUGAACAUUGGGAACAUCGGGAACAUCGGCCUGAAGAUGGCGGUGAACAUCGGGAACAUCGCGCUAAAGACCCCGAGAAGGAUUUACAGAGGAAGUUCAAGAAGUUCAGGCGCGGCGUUAAUGCACUGGAGAAGGAGAUCGAAGCGCAAAACAAGGCGGCCCUGUUGUUGCCAUGGAGCAACAGAAUCGGCUAUAGCAAGUUGGAAUAUACACUUCUCCUCCCCAAAUCCAAGGCUGGCAUGACGGGCAUGGGGGUUCCAUACAGUACCUCCGUCUAAUGACCUACCGCUUCCAAAAUCUCCUAGCACCUGAUUAUCGAUCAAGACUGUAUAUGUAACAAUUGUACUGAAGCAGCUACGAUCUAGGACUGCAUGUACUAUCUCCGAGGUUUUCAUCUUCUAUAGAGGGAUAAAUUCUGUACUCACUUCCGCGUUCAUUGAUAUAAACUCAUCCUGUGCGCCAUAUCAGUUUCACCUACAUACAGCUUAUGCUCUUCUGAAGAAUUGAC